AUGCCUACUAGACUAAGAGGACCGGGCCUCAAGUCGGAGGUGGAGGUGGCCCAGGCUGAAAGUCCUGAAUUGGAACAGGUCAAGUGGUGGAGGGAGCCUGGUCUGCGAAGGCUCUACUUCUGGGCUUCCAUUCUCUGUGUUGCAUCUGCCACGACCGGUUAUGAUGGAAUGAUGCUAAACACAUCUCAAAAUUUGGACGCAUGGCAGACCUACUUUGGAACACCAGUUGGCUCCAAGCUAGGGUUAAUGAAUGCCAUCUACCAGAUUGGCAGUUUGGCUAGUUUUCCAAUCGUGCCCUUCAUUGCUGAUUUGUGGGGUCGGAAGGUUCCUAUUAUCAUCGGCUGUGUUCUCAUGAUCAUUGGGGGUUGCCUUGGUGCAUUCUGCAAGGACUAUCCGAUGUAUGUUGUUGGCCGAUUGCUUCUCGGUUUCGGCAACAGUCUGGCCCAGAUGGCAUCGCCUGUUCUGCUAAUUGAGAUCUGCCACCCGCAACACCGAGGAAAAGUCACCACCAUUUACAACUGCCUGUGGAAUCUGGGAGCGCUGGUUGUUGCGUGGAUGGCAUGGGGCACUAUGUAUAUCAAGAACGACUGGUCGUGGAGAAGCUUGACUCUUCUUCAGGUCUUCCCAGCUGUUAUCCAGAUUAUCUUUAUUUGGUGGGUCCCGGAGUCGCCUCGUUGGCUUGUAUCCAAGGAACGCUACGACGAAGCUUUGGAUAUUCUUACCUAUUACCACGCAAACGGCGACCCGUAUAACACGACUGUUCGAUUUGAGUAUCGUGAGAUUAAGGAGACCAUCCGUCUGGAGAUGCAAUUGCAGAAGGACAGCAGCUACCUCGACUUCAUGAAGACACGGGGGAAUCGAUAUCGUCUUGCCCUUCUCGUCUCCCUAGGCAUCAUCUCACAGUACAGUGGCAACGCACUAUUCACCAACUAUACGAGCCUCAUAUACGAUAGUAUGGGCAUUACUGAGCAGGCCAAAAAGAUUCCGCUUAAUGGUGGAAAUACCCUUCUGAGCCUGGUUGUUAGUGUGUCGAGUGCGUUCUUUGUGGAUCGUGUCGGUAGAAGGCCGCUCUUCCUCAUAUCCACAACAGGCAUGGUCCUGAUGUUUCUGUCAUGGACAAUUGUCUCCGCCUUCUACGAAAAGACCCAUGAUAUCAAAACAACAGGGUAUCCGCAAGUUGUCUUUGUCUGGAUGUUUUCCGUUUUCUACGCCAUCGCCUGGUCUGGCCUUCUUGUUGCAUACGCGCUUGAAAUCCUCCCAUAUCGCCUGCGAGCUAAAGGGCUUAUGAUCAUGAACUUGACGGUCCAGUCCUCCCUGGUUUUGGGAAAUUAUACAAACGCUAUUGCCUGGACCCGACUGCCCCAUCACUGGAAUAUGUCUUUGAUUUACACAAUUUGGAUCUUCAUGGAACUCCUCUUCGUCUACUUCUUUUAUGUCGAAACAAGAGGUCCCACCUUGGAAGAGCUGGCAAAAAUCUUUGACGGGGAUGAUGCGGCCGUGGCACAUGUGGAUAUACUUGAGGUCUACAAGCAAAUUGACGACGAUUAA